AUGGCAGAUGAAAUAUCAAAUGUUUUCUCACAUGUGAAAUUAAACGAAGUUCAUAUUGAGAAUGAUAUGAUGGAGGGCGAUUCAAAUGAAGAUAUUGAGAAUGAUAUGGUGGAGGUGGAGUCGAAUGAAAAUAAUAUUGAGAAUGAAAUAGUGGAGUUGAAUGAAAUGGUAGAAACAAAAGGGGUGGAAAACAAAGCAGAAGACCCUAAGUUGGGAAUGAUGUUUGACUCCAUUGAUGAUGUUGUGAUAUAUUAUAGAAGAUAUGCUAAAGAAAAAGGUUUUGCAGUGGCUAAAAGAACUUCUAAAAAGGGGAACGAUGGGGUGGUGAGGUAUGUGACCAUUGCUUGUAGUUAUGCUGGAAAGCCAAGGAUUAGAUUAAACUGUCCUGGAAUUAAAAGGACUAGAUCUACCAAUCCAGUUCAAUUGAAACCUCAAACAAAAACAGAUUGCAAAGCUCAACUUAGGUUGUCUCUAUGCCCAAAUGGAAAGUGGAUACUUAGAUCCAUGGUACUUGACCAUAAUCAUGGAUUGAGUCCUAGUAAGACCAGAUUUUACAAAUGCAAUAGAAUAAUAGAACCACAUGUGAAAAAAAAGCUUGAAUUACACGACAAAGCUAGUAUUAGAAUGAACAAGAGUUUUAAUUCAUUUGUGGUUGCAGCAGGGGGACAUGAGAAUUUGUCUUUUCUAGAAAAGGAUUGUAGAAAUCACAUGGAAAAAGUCAGACGUUCACAUCUUAGGGAAGGAGAUGCUAGUGCAAUGCACCAUUACUUUUUGAAAAUGCAAGCUGACAAUUCUGAAUUCUUCUAUGCAAUGGAUUUUGAUGAUGAUAGUCGGUUGAAAAAUGUAUUUUGGGCUGAUGCAAGGAGUAGGGCAGCAUUCAAAGAGUUUGGUGAUGUAGUUACAUUUGACACUACAUAUAUGGUUAACAAAUAUGAAAUGCCAUUUGCUCCAUUUGUUGGGGUGAACCAUCAUAGGCAAUCAACAUUGCUAGGAUGUGGAUUGAUCUUAAGAGAAGAUACAAAUUCAUUUAUAUGGCUAUUUAAAUCUUGGCUUGCAUGCAUGUCUGAAUGUCCUCCCAAUGCAAUUAUUACGGAUCAAGACAAAGCCAUGAAAAAAGCGAUAGAGAUUGUUUUUCCAAAUGCACGACAUCGAUGGUGCUUGUGGCAUAUCAUGAAUAAGUUGCCUGACAAAUUUAAAGGGUUCAAAGAUUAUGAAUCAAUAAAAUUCUGUAUGAAAAAUGUUGUUCAUGAUUCAUUGACAAAAGAAGAAUUUGAAGAAAGUUGGGGCAGAUUCAUUAAGAAAUAUCAACUUGAAAGCAAUGAAUGGUUACUUGGGUUGUAUGAUGAGUGGCAUCGUUGGGUGCCUGCCUUUGUGAAAGAUAUGUUUUGGGCAGGAAUGUCAACAACGCAGCGAAGUGAAAGCAUGAAUGCUUUCUUUGAUAAGUACAUUUAUAAGAAAACUACUUUAAAACAAUUUGUUGAACAAUAUGAGAAUGCUUUGGCAGCAAAGGUGCAUAAUGAAACUGUUGAAGAUUUUAAAUCUUUCAAUUCACGCAUUUCUUGUAUAACUAUUUAUGAUAUGGAGAAACAAUUUCAGAGUGCUUACACUUUGAAAAAAUUUACAGAUUUCCAAAAUGAGAUAGUUGGAAGUAUUUGUUGCAGUUUGUCUUCAUGCAGGGAACAUAACAACUUUUCAGAGUAUGAAGUACGUGAAGAUAUAUCACGUGGAGAAGGUCAGCGGAGCGUAAUUUUUCAUGUGUAUUUUAAUGAGGAUAACAGUGAAGUUAAAUGCAAAUGCAGGCUAUUUGAGUUCAAGGGGAUAGUAUGCAGGCAUCAAAUAUUGGUGUUUAUUCAUAGGAAGAUUUAUCGAAUACCAGACAAGUACAUCUUAGACAGAUGGAAUAAAGAUGUCAAAAGGAGGCACACUAAAGUUCGAAUAAGUUAUGACAAUUGGUCUUUGAAACCUGAAGCAUGUCGCUAUGAAAAGAUGUGUAAUGCCUUUUACUAG